AUGACGGAGUGGCCUACUGAAUCGCAGCAGAACACCCGUUGGGACACUGAUCCCCUUCCACCGUCAACACUGGCAUCGUCAGCCUCAUCGCACGCUUCCUCCUCUUCUACGGGCGGACACGUUGACCUUGCGGAGCCGAGCACAGGAUCGAACAUGAUACCACGAAGCGGACUGCCAGGUCCUGGCCAUUUACCUAGUAGCAAUAAUGACAUCCGACUUCCCCCCAUCUCUAGCUUUUUGCCACCCUCUACUAGCUCAAGCAGCAAUUCGUCAUCUGGGACGGUGAUUGCAUCGCGCGAAUCGCGCACACACAGUGUUGGUGCCCUGACAGAUUCGCGAGUCCCAAAUCGAGCGUCAUUCGCUCCGAGCUACCAGCAACGUCAGCUGGAUGCUACUGCGGCACCGUCUCCUCGACUACCUCACGGUCCUUAUUCGCGCAGACCGCGCAGCAGCGAAGAGUGGUCCACGAGCCGGACCGCAUGGAGUGGACCUGCAAGUUCAUCCUCCAUGUCUGUCUCUCCUAGCUACCAACAAUGGUCGACUACGGGACCCACUCGUCUGCCUGCCCUUUCGGGUGUAGGCAGCGUACCUCCCAGCACGUGGAAACGUGCGAGUCCCACGUCCCAGCACUCUCAUUUGCCACGAUCACAGAGCAGCGCUGGUGCCUCGCCGACGCUGACAUCGCGAUCGUCGUGCAGCAGCCUCGGCGUGGGUGGCAGCAGCAGUGCUCAUUACAGUACCGCUAGCGCCGCUACAAGUGCAGCGCCCCGGCAGUAUUCGCCGGCGCCUUCUUCGUUCCGGGGCAGGCCACCUUCAAGCCACUCCGCUGGGCCAGGAGGCCCCAACCGACGCAGGUGGAGUGGUGGACCGAGUCAGAACGCACCUUCUCCUUAUGCUCGCACCUCCCCCAGCACAAGUAUUCGUGUAG